AUGGAGGUAAGGCUCGAUCGAUCGCGGGAUGGUUUGGUUGAUCGGUGUCUGAGCGAUGCGGGCGUGGUGUUUGAUGUAAUGCAGAAGGACAGCGUUGGGGGGCAGGUGCGGAGGGCGGCGGCGAGCGCGGCGGGAGGGAGGGAGAUGGACUCGCCGCGGUUCCGGGCGAUCCUGCGGGCGACGAGCGGGCGGAGGAAGCGGGCGCCGGACGUCAAGAGCUUCUCGCACGAGCUCAACCCGGGGGGCGCGGCGGCGCACCAGCACCACCUGGCCGCGCGGAACAGGCCGCGCGGCGAGGACGAGUUCAUCGGCGCCGUCAAGAGCAAGUUCAUCAGGCUCAAGGAGGAGGUGGACUGCGAGCUCGGCGUCUUCGCGGGGGACCUCGUUGGCCUCCUCGAGCGGGCCGCGGCCGACGAGGAUGACCACCAGUACUGGCGCGUCACGCUCGAGGACCUGCUCGUCGUCACGCAGAAGUGCGCCGAGAUGAGCCCCGAGGAGUUCUGGGUCAAGUGCGAGGGCAUCGUCCAGGCCCUCGACGACCGACGCCAGGAGCUCACCACGGCAGGGGGCGUGCUCAAGCAGGCGCACACGCGCAUCCUCUUCAUCCUCACCCGCUGCACGCGCCUCCUGCAGUUCCGCAAGGAGCUCAGCGGCUAUUGCGGAGACGUCGACGGCAAGCACCAGCACGUCCUCGGCCUGCACCAGCUCAGCGACCUGGGGCUCUACCCAUUGCAGUCCACCAACGGCGGUUCCACGGAGCUAGGCCGCAGGAGCACCUCCAGCUUGACCGAGCUUAAGGAGAGGCUCAUAAGGAGGAGGAUGCUGGAGCACAAGCACCUUACCCUCGACUUCGCGGGGCGGCACUUCUUGGGAGAUGCCGGUGAUUCUCCCGGCAGCAGUGGCAAGAUAUCGUCUUGGAAGAAGCUGCCGUCUCCUGCUGAGAAGAACCGCCAUAAGAACGCGGAGGCAAAGGAGGACAAGAUCACCCCAGCAAAGAAGGCAAUAACCAGGAACAAGGUCGACGUGGAUGAGAUUGUUGAGAGGAUUGAUGCAGCUAGCAUUCACCCGGACGGUCUGGCUUCUCUUGGGGACUCAGCAGUCAAGAUCGAGAUGUCACCGGAGUUCCCAGGGGCCCAACAAAUAAUCAUCGAUGGAAAGCCAAGGAUGAUAUGCAGGAUCUGUGAUUUCGAGAUCCCGAUGUCUUGUGCGGAAGGCCAUUUCAUAGCAUGCACGCUUGCUGAUCGGUGUGAUUCCAAGGGCUUGAGUACUGACAAGCGGUUACAGAGGGUUGCCGAGGUGCUUGAGAGGGUGCUUGCUUGCUUUGACGCAAAGAACCCACAUGAUGCAGAAUUUAAUCAUCCUGACAACACAAGAGCUAGCACAUCGAGUUUAACAGAAGAAUCCGAUGGAUCCAUGGAUCAUGAUAACGAUUUGUCUCAUCUGUUGACAGUGCCAUCAUCAGAACUGUUUUCAGAAGGAGCACUGACACCUGCAUCAGGAAACUUGUCGCAGUCACCAUUAUUGACACCAAGAACUAACCACGAAGAAUCACAGCUGACUAAACACAAGGCAUUCGUCGAACUAGAGAAUUUUCAGCAGGUCGAAAGUUUACUGACUAUCGCUAGAGGCAUUGAGAGCAUAAAAAGUUCAGAGUACAACUCACUGGAGGACUUGAGCUCUUACCUUGAAGAUCUGAAUGCUGUUAUUGACACGAGAAAUGUGGAUGCCCUUGUUGUGGAGACUUUUGGAAGAAGGAUAGCCAAGUUACUACAGGAGAAAUUUAUGCAAUUAUGCGGACAAAUAGAUGAUAUGAGCACCGAAUCUUUAGGUCCAAUAGAUGAAGAUGGUCCUUUGGAGAAUAGUGUAAGCUCAAGAACAAGCCAGCUAAAUGGGAAAUUUAAGGACCGUACCUCAAUUGAGGACUUCGAAAUUAUAAAGCCAAUCAGCCGUGGUGCAUUUGGGCGUGUAUUUCUUGCAAAGAAAAGGGUAACAGGAGACCUUUUUGCCAUCAAGGUGCUGAAGAAAGCUGAUAUGAUACGCAAGAAUGCAGUUGAAAGCAUCUUGGCGGAGCGCGACAUCUUAAUAUCAGUUCGUAACCCAUUUGUGGUUCGAUUUUUCUACUCCUUCACAUGUAGGGAAAACCUUUAUCUUGUUAUGGAGUACUUGAAUGGAGGAGAUCUCUAUUCCCUCUUGAGAGGCUUAGGUUGUUUGGAUGAAGAUAUGGCAAGGACAUACAUAGCAGAACUGGUUCUUGCCCUGGAGUAUCUGCAUUCUUUGAAUGUGAUUCACCGUGAUUUGAAGCCCGACAACUUGUUAAUCUCCCGUGAUGGCCAUAUAAAGUUGACUGAUUUUGGGCUAUCAAAGGUUGGUCUUAUAAAUAGCACUGAUGAUUUAUCUGGUCCGGACGUCAGCAGUGUUCUAGUGGGUGACCAUCAACCAACAGAUGCAGAACAACGUGCACACAAACGGCAGCAGAGGCAAAAGCAGACAGCUGUAGGCACUCCUGACUAUUUGGCCCCUGAGAUACUACUAGGGAUGACCCAUGGUCCACCUGUGGAUUGGUGGUCGGUUGGUGUUAUUCUCUUUGAGAUUCUUGUAGGAAUUCCUCCAUUCAAUGCUGAGCAUCCACAGAUAAUAUUUGACAACAUAAUGAACCGGGAAAUACCUUGGCCACAAGUACCACAGGAACUCAGCUUCGAAGCAUAUGACUUGAUUAACAAGUUGCUAAUUGAGAACCCGGUACAAAGAUUAGGUGCGACUGGUGCUGGAGAGGUAAAGGCUCAUCCGUUCUUUAAGGGCAUCAAUUGGGAUAUGAUUGCUAGACAGCAGGCUGUCUUUAUUCCCUGUACAGAUGAUGAAUAUGAUACAAGUUACUUUGCCUGCCGUCAUGGGUGGGGUGCUGCUGAUGAACAAGUCACUACAGCCCACAAUGAGUAUGAUGACAGAAGUGAGACUAGUAGCAUGAGUUGUGGCAGCAGUCCACGUAGUUGCGACUACGAAGAAGAUGGAGAUGAAUGUGGUAGCAUGGAAGAGUUCGGGCCUCCUCUGUCGGUGAAAUAUUCUUUCAGCAACUUCUCGUUCAAGAACAUUUCCCAGCUAGCAUCGAUGAAUUAUGAUCUGAUAACGAAGCAUAACGAAGAUCCUUUGCAAUCUUCGAGAUCCUGAGACCACCAGGACAGACGAAUUCCCUCGGCAACAUGACUAGCGUCUCACCGGAAACCGAACUUCCUCGGCCACCGGUGGUAGCAGCAAGUGAUAUGAUAGCAAGUGUGUAACGAUCGAAGACAUGAACCUGUGCGAGUUUCCUCUACAACUUUAUGAGGUCCGACCAGCCAAACAAGCACUUUAACCUGCAUAUGCGUCGCAGAUGAAGGGACAGCGGGUGUCGAUAAGUUAGUCAGUGUUUGCUCAGGGUUCAUGCCAUUUUCCGUAGGUAUUGGUAUCCAGUGUGAAGUGCCAUCUCUUGCCGUUGCUGAUUGUACAAAGAGGUUGUAUAGAACAUUUGAGAUACUAGACAGGAACCAUAGAUCUCUCCCUGGGAGCCCUACAGAAUCCCUCAUGGCAAACCUAGUUGUUUGUGCUGUACAGUGUUUGUGUCAAUAGUGAAACAUGUUGCACAGCUUCGAUCUGUGCACAUUGAUCAUUUUUCUCUGGUGUGAAAA